AUGGGCCGUUACCUCAAACCAACCACUGACCGCCAAAUCCUCACAGUGUCUGCUCCUCCUUAUCCACAAGAACAACGCCCUGUGUCGGGAGUAACCGCAUCAUCGGAUGAUCGGUCCCAGCACUCGGAGUCGACCAAGAGCGGAAACAACCACACCUACCACCGGUAUCCAUCUGCGGGAAACGAACUUCCUACCUUUGAUGUCGAUUGGCCCGAGGAAAAAGCUGGAGCGAUUCCGUCUAGCUUGGAUCUUCAGAAGCCACCUACCACCAAACAAGCAACUUCCCACCACCCAUCUACUCAGAUGUGGCCCUCUCCCUCUACCAACCUCGAAGUGCUUCGUGUCAUUGGUUAUCGCACAAUCUUUGGUCGAGGAUACGACGAGAAGAAUGAGUUUUGGUUUGUGGAAGAGGCUGUCAUUGAUGAAGAUGGAGGGGAUGAUUAG